AUGUCCUCCACCUGGAAGCACUGGACUUCAUUUGACGCCUCGUCAGACUUUUCUAGUUUCACCUCUCCCUCUGAUGACAAAGUUCCUAAAAAGUUCCAGAAUUCCCUUGCUCAACUUGGACUUGGCACUAUGAAGUCUGCAAAUAUAAUUAUUGGCCGACCAGUGCUGCUUACCAGUUUACAUGGAAAACAAGAGGUCUGUGUGGCCUGGCCUGUAUCAGGAUUUCCUGGAGGCAAGGUUGGCCUGAGUGACAUAGCACAGAGGAAUAUGGGUGUCAGAGUUGGUGAUGCCAUCCAUGUCCAGCCUCUUUUGGGUGCUGUGAUACAGGCUGAGGAAAUGGACGUGGCGCUCAGUGACAAAAAUGUGGAUAUUAAUAAAGAACAAUUGGCUGAUUGUCUUCUGAGAAAACUAGAUGACAAGAUUGUUUUACCAGGCAACUUUCUAUACAUUACAUUCUAUGGACGACCAUGCAUGUUGCAAGUGUUGCGAGUGAAAGGUGAAGAUGGCAUGAUACUGAGAAGGCUUCAGAGUGACUCUGAUACUGAUGCUCAGGGAAUGGCCUCAAAACGGUCCAGCAUAGAAGCCAGUACCCUCGAUAUGUCCUUACAGUUAAGCCAGUUGGAUCUGGAAGAGCCUCGGGUCCCACCAUCAAGCAGUACUCCCUGCAAACCAGUAGAUGACAGAAAGAUAAAUAAAACUGGUGACAGUUUGUCAAAUGUCACACAGAGUCCUGGUGGCAGCAGUGGGCUUGGGCCAGAGGAAGUUACAGGUCUUGAAUGUAGCUUUGCGUCUGCCAGAGGAGGAAAUGAGUACCUUAUCAAUGAAGAGAGAUUCCUAAAGCCAGCCAAUCUGGGAGCAAAGUGCAACACUGAUACUUUCUACUUCAUUUCUUCAACAACGAGAGUCAAUUUUACAAAAAUUGGUACAAAUUCAAAAGAGCAAGACAACCAGUUCAAAGUAACUUAUGACAUGAUAGGAGGCUUAAAUGGUCAGCUGAAAGCAAUUAGACAAAUAAUUGAACUUCCUCUCAAGCAGCCUGAACUAUUCAAGAGUUAUGGAAUUCCUCCCCCUAGAGGAGUGUUACUGUAUGGCCCUCCAGGUACUGGAAAGACAAUGAUUGCCAGGGCUAUUGCUAAUGAAGUUGGAGCCUAUGUCUCUGUAAUAAAUGGUCCUGAAAUUAUAAGCAAAUUCUAUGGGGAAACUGAAGCAAGGUUACGUCAGAUAUUUGCUGAAGCCACUCUGCGGCAUCCAUCAGUUAUUUUUAUUGAUGAGCUGGAUGCACUUUGCCCAAAAAGAGAAGGGGCUCAGAAUGAAGUGGAAAAAAGAGUUGUAGCUUCACUGCUAACACUGAUGGAUGGUAUUGGUUCAGAAGGAAGUGAAGGACAGGUAUUAGUUAUUGGGGCCACAAAUCGUCCUCAUGCUUUGGAUGCUGGACGAUUUGAUAAAGAGAUUGAGAUUGGAGUUCCUAAUGCUCAGGACCGGCUAGAUAUACUUCAGAAACUGCUUCGAAAGGUACCGCAUGUACUCACUGAAGCCGAGCUGCUACAGUUAGCAAACAAUGCACAUGGAUAUGUUGGAGCAGACUUGAAAGCCUUGUGUAAUGAAUCAGGUCUCAAUGCCUUUCGGAGAGUCCUGAAGAAACAGCCUAACCUCCCUGACAGCAAGGUGGCUGCGUUGGUGAAGAUUACUCUGAAUGAUUUCUUGCAGGGAAUGAAUGACGUCAGGCCCAGUGCCAUGAGGGAGGUUGCAGUUGAUGUCCCAAGUGUAUCCUGGUCAGAUAUAGGAGGACUGGAAAAUAUCAAACUGAAAUUGAAACAGGCUGUGGAAUGGCCCUUGAAACAUCCGGAGUCUUUCACCCGAAUGGGUAUUCAGCCACCUAAAGGAGUUCUUCUGUACGGGCCACCUGGUUGCUCUAAAACGAUGAUUGCAAAGGCUUUGGCCAAUGAAAGUGGACUGAAUUUCCUAGCAAUAAAGGGGCCUGAAUUAAUGAAUAAAUAUGUUGGUGAAUCUGAAAGAGCUGUUAGAGAGAUCUUCCGCAAAGCGAGAGCGGUGGCUCCUUCCAUUAUUUUCUUUGAUGAACUGGAUGCCUUAGCAGUUGAAAGGGGCAGUUCUUCAGGUGCUGGGAAUGUAGCUGACCGUGUUUUGGCUCAGCUCCUUACGGAAAUGGAUGGCAUUGAACAGUUAAAGGAUGUGACUGUUUUGGCAGCUACUAACCGCCCAGAUAGGAUAGACAAGGCUUUGAUGCGUCCUGGAAGAAUCGAUAGAAUCGUGUAUGUGCCUUUACCAGAUGCAGCAACAAGGAAGGAAAUAUUUAACCUGCAGUUUCACUCAAUGCCAAUCAGUCAGGAUGUUGAUCUGAAUGAACUCAUCCUCCAAACGGACACAUAUUCUGGAGCAGAGGUCAUCGCCGUCUGUAGAGAGGCCGCCCUUCUGGCGCUAGAAGAAGACAUUAAAGCCAAAUGCAUCGGGAAAAAACAUUUCACUCAAGCCUUGAGCACUGUGACGCCCAGAAUUCACGAGUCACUGAGACGUUUCUAUGAAGAUUAUCAAGAGAAGAGUGGGCUUCAUACACUCUGAAAAAACAUACCCCUUCGUUAUGCUAAAAAUGCUUUCUAGAGAAAAUUUGUUUCGUUUUAAAAUUUUGUGUUGAGAAUGUUAAAAAAAGAAAUUCUUAAGAAACAAAAUGUCUGAAAUUGGUUGACUGGAAUUAAGGGGCUUCAGUUCUUGUAGACAUUUUAAAUCAUAUGGAUAAAAUGAAAAUCUCAGGACAGAGGUUUAAAUCAGUUUUACCUGGAAAUGUGUGCUGAGUUUUAAAAUGUAAACUUCUAGCUUUUUCACUUUUGACCUGGUUCCUUCAUCCCAUGAAAUGCUUUUCUUACUUCAGAGCCCAUUUCAGUGCAUUCCUAAAUGCCAAACCUAGGCAUCAGUUUUAUACAAGAACAGAGAGAAUGCAUGUGGAUGAUGCAUGGUGGGAAAUAUUUGCAAAUCUUUAUUUUUGAAGGCCAAACAAUGAAAUGGCCAGAAGCACCUGCCAACCUUAUGUGGCCUUGUUUCCAAAUACAUACUGGUUCUCAUUAUAUUCAUACCUGCAUUUUUGCUUCAGCCACAUUAAUCUAUACUUAUGGCAGUUAAAGAACAAAGAAAUAAGAGUCCCAUAUACUGUAAUGCCCUUUAAAAAUUUAAAAAAUUGAAAAUAUAAGCCCAGUCCAGUCCUAGAGCAGUACUUGGUGGUGUUUUUUCAUCAGAUGCUAGAAAUGAAUCAUAUAAAGUGUUCAUGUUUUAACUUGUGCACAUUUUCAGUCACCAAUAAACUUUUCAGUUAAAAGAUGAACCAAAUUGUACACUCAA